CACUUUCAAAUCUAUUUUCAGUAUUUACCUUUCAAUUGGCGACAAUAUACCUACUCAAUAUCAAGACACCUACCUACGCAAAAACCCAGAAGCCAAAUACCGUGCCAAAAUGACGUCCAUACGCACCACCGUCCACGAAUCCCUCCCAUACGUCGACCCAGAACCGACCCCCGCCGAGCGCGCAGCAGCCGAAUCCCUCAUCGCAGCCGAAGCCUCAACCUCCUCAUCCACCUCUCCCAAUCCCAAACCCACACUCCCACCCCUCCGCACGCCAACCUUCAGCCCCCUAAUGACCGCCGAGCUAUCACGCAUCGAAUCCAAACAACCGCUCCAAGCCAUCGACCUCUCGCGGUACGAAGCCCCCCCUUCCCCUCCCUCCUCACCAUCCGCCACCAACCCGCGCACCCUCGAAUCCUCGCUGCGCCGAGCCUACACAGCCUCGACCUACCUACGCGGCAGGCAAGCACACCUGCAGCUCCUCGACGCCUACGGCAAGAACGCGUGGCUGGUGGGCAACUGGCAGCUCGAGGCCGAGGUGCAGGCGCUCGAGCGCGACCUGGCCGCGUCCAAGCGCGAGAUCGACCUGGUGAAUAUUCAGCGCCGGCGCCUGCAGGACGACGUCGGCGGCGAGCUGCGCGGCCUCGACGACACCUGGAAGCGCGGCGUGAGCAGGGUGCUCGAGACCGAGAUCGCGACCGAGCAGUUGAGGCAGCAGGUUUUGGAGAAGCAGAGGGGCGGUGGGUGAAUUUGUUGGUGAAAAGUUAUGGUUGCGGAAGAAUACGAUUAUAUGGUUUUAGACGGUCGAGGAUUUAAUCCAACAAUGAUACCUACGGACCUUCUAAAGACGAGGAUAAACAGAAUAAAAUACUAGGGCAUUACGGAUGGAUAUAGGAGAGUCAAUGUCUAUUACAAGGCGAUUCCGGC